UUGUGAUUCGCCUCCAUAUCAAGCCUAUCCACCGCAUAUGAGCCUGUGUGCCAGCUUUUGGUGUACUUAAACUACGAUGCUCCCGGUACAAUGAUCGAACAUCAAGGUUACUAUCUUCAUAAUCAAAUCGAAGUCUUCUUUACUAGUAGGCAACCUGCCUAGCUCCCCUUUUUCCAGCAAUCCCCAAGCAUCGCCUCAGUCCGCACGAUGAGCUCCGUCGCAGACUCUGAACCCGGACGCAUGGAAGCCCACGAGUUCGCCGAGUUACAAGACCAACUACAAGAGCAGGGAAUACGGGUCUGCCUGAGUGAUGGUUCCGAAUGUCCUGACGGGGCUUUGAUGCAUGAUCGAGCAGCUGUCAUCCCUACGAUGACCAUUUCCCCGAAAGACGAACGAGAGGUCCAGAUCAUUCUGCGGACUCUGAAGAGGCUCAAGUUGUACGAGCAAGUCGAAGUCUCAGUCAAAAGUGGAGGCCACGGCUAUUUCAAUGGCGCAACUUGCAACGAUAUCAUGAUUGAUCUGUCGUUGAUGGACAAGCGCAAGAUACAAUCAGAUAUCUUGGAUGUGGAACCUGGCUGUGUUCUCGGGCAGACAAUACAUGUGCUCCACGAGUCCCAGCGAGUGGUACCCCACGGCGAUUGCUUCGGCGUGGGGGUAGGAGGGCAUUUCCUCACGGCAGGAUGGGAUAUCUUGUUGACACGGCUGUACGGCCUAGGCUGCCAGGCCGUCAUCGGGGGCCGAAUCGUCCUGUGGGACGGCACUAUUAUGGAGGUGGACGAGAACAACCACCCUGAUGUUCUACAUACAAUGCGCGGGGGCGCUGCCGCCGGCAUAGGGAUCGUCACCAAGGUGCGGCUCCGGUUGGAGCAAGAACCAGCACAGGUUACGUGGUGUUUUGCAUCCAUCAGUAGGAAACAGCUACAAGGUAUUUUGGUCCCGAAGUGCACGUUCAGCCGAGCCAUGGCACUGCCAAAGGACAUAUCGGUAUCGUUCAGGUUCUACUAUGAGCCAGGCCAGGCGUUUCCUACUUGCUCAUUUAACGUGGUCAGCCUCCUGUCCAUCGGGGACACAAGAGCCCGCAUUGUCGGAGACCUAGGUCCAGAGGCUGCAUCAUUGAUCUUCAACGGGCAAUGGCAACAGGGAUCCGUCCUCGAUUUUCGAAUGCUUCCAGCCACUCAGUCUCUCAUCGACAACCCAGAUGAGCUCCGUGACAUGACUCCUCACAAGCUGCACAACAACCCCCAUGAAUUCUGGCAAACGAAGUGGUGUGCGAGAGAAAUGGGACGGUCAUAUCAAGCAUGUGUUUCCCAGUGGGUAAAGACGCAUUGCGAGUCCAUGUUUCUUUGCCUGUACGCCGCAUUUGAGUCAGCCCAGGGCAGCCCGUGCAGGGAGCGAAUGUCAGCAUUGGUCAUACUUGGGGGCGGAAAGAUGCGAGAGAAGGAUUGCGCGAUGCCUCUAGGACAUGCGCUUGCUCGCUUUGAGCAGCAUUGGGACACGCCAGAGGAGGAGCAACCAUGCCGAGCCAUUACGAAGCAAGUCUGUGACAUUAUCGAGGAGUAUAAGGAUUCUACACCAGGGAGACCAUACCGGGGGGACAUUUGGCUGCUUGACCAGGCGGACGAUGAGGCAUUGGACAGGACGCUGAGGAAGUACGAUACUCGUCAGGUGGUGGAUGGAAGGGCCUUGUCCAAUUGAAAAUAAAUAUAUCUAGACCCUUCGUAGAAUGAAGAACGAUUCCAUCCUUAA